CCCAUGUAGGCCUAGCUUGCCCACAGCCUCUUUACAAUUAAAAAGGCUUGAAAGUCUGUGGCAGAAAGCAAUGUUCCUGCUAAGCUGAAAACAAUGUUUUUACGCUUUGGAAAUAUAGAUAGAUUUCUUGACCUUCAUUUGACAACCGGUCUGACAGACUGGGAUAUUAAUGAAGAAAUCAAUCUUACCACAACCACAGAUCAGUAUCAUCAAGAUGGUCAACGCAAUGAGUAUCUGAUUCAGUGGCACUAUGCAAGAAUGUCACGGAGAACGUCAACAGCUGAAAUUCCAUGUCAGUAUUCAAAGCAAUCAGAUGAAAAUGACAUUGAGCCAAAUCUGUGGCUUAUUGUAAACCCCAACUUGGUAUGCCCCAUGCAUCCAAGCAGGCUAACUCCCACUAAGGCUUAUGUGGGCACACCAAACCUAGAUCACCAAUUCAUCAACACUCACCUGCCAUAUGAGCCCCUGACUCCUGUCUCACCUGAGGUUCUGGACAAGUCUCCAAGCGACACUUUCUUCACAAGUAAACACAUGGUGUCUGACGAUGAGUCCUCUGCAGAGCUGGAGAUCUGCCGGAAGAUGAAGGUCACACGGCAGUCCCGUGUGCCAAAGGAGGGUGAGCGGGCGUGUCGGACAGGCCAGACUAGGGGCCGGGGCCGAGGCAGACCGCCACGGCGUGUGCAUAAAGACAGUGACAGUUUUGCUUUCAGAUCCUGGGCCUGGCCUCGACCUCCAGUCAAUUACUGCCUUCUCAUCGCCAUGGCCCUCGGCAGCUGUCGCACAGGAAGUCUAAAUGUACAGCAAAUCUAUAGCUUCACCAGGGAGCACUUCCCCUUCUUUCAGACUGCUCCCGACGGCUGGAAGAACACUAUCCGUCACAACCUGUGCUUCAGCACCAGCUUCAAAAAGACUCCACAGCAGGUGUCCAGUGGAGGCGAGCGCAAGUCCUGUCUCUGGCACCUGACUUCAGAUGGACGGAUGCGCCAUCGCAGUGAGAUCCAAAUGCUCUCGGAUGAUGCCAUCAAACAGCUGACGAGAAGCAUGAAAUACCCAGAUCUGAUCCAGGAACUGCUGGACCUCUGAUCAACUUCACAAACAUUUCAGGAAUAAAUGUGA